UACACGGUGCUUGGAGUCUCGCGGUCGGCCAGCGCUGGAGAGCUUAAGAAAGCGUACUUUGCGCUCGCAAAGCAGUACCACCCUGACGUCAACAAGGCGCCGACCGCCGCGGCACGCUUCCGCGAGAUCUCAGAGGCGUACGACCUGCUGCGCGACCCAGCGAGCCGCUCGGAGUACGACCGCUACGGCAGCGCGGCGGGCGCAGGGCAG